CAUGAUUUGCACAGCCACCAGCCGGAGGGAUAAUGCAUCUUCUUUUACGAGUUGUACCAUAGAUGAACAUGACCCGCUAUGGUUGCGAAUCGAAGCUAUUUCAACAGAGAUAAGUGCAAAGACGAAUACAGUGCCGUUUCAGAGACAGGGUCCUCGAACGAAUGAAUUUGAUCACAAGUUCUCGGUUUUUGAACCGGUGCCGGAACCGCAUGGAGUGUUGCCUGGGAUCGAAGAAGUGCUUUUCGCGGCGUUCGAGGGAUCGAAAACGGAAGAGGUAGAAGGGCCACAGGAUGAGGGAGAUAUACCCGGCAUUGGAGAAGGACAAUGUCAACAAGAGGACUCGCGGAAAGUCUCUAAGGAUGCUCCAAUUGAGAACGGGACGGCAAUAGAUGAUACCCGCGAUUCGAGGAAUCUCAAUGACGCCCCCGGAGAUGCCCACACCGAGAACGACCCGGAACGACAUGAUGACGAAACGAAUGUCCCGAAUGCAGCGGAUAAGGACGGAGAGGUAUCGAGUGAAACCGCACGAGAUAAUGAGGAUAAAUCAGAUACCAGCGACGAUACGCACGCCAUCGCGGCUCCUGAACAGCAGACCAAGUCCAUGGAGUUUUUACCGCAGAAGCGAGAAAUCAUCGUCGGCGCAACAAAUGCUCCGAUUGAAGCGGACAAUGAGAAAGAGGCAUCGAAUGAAGCUGCACGAGACAACGAGAAAGACUUCGAUACUAAUGACGAUGCGCCCGCUAUCGCGGCUCCGAAACAGCAAACCGAGCCCACGGAGGUUUCACCCCAGAAGCGAGAAAUCAUCGUCGAUAACGGCCAUAAAGCUAUAACGGGCAGAUAUCCAUUAUUCGAACUACUUUCUUUAUCGACGACUUCCGGUGCUAUUAGCGUGGCUGUUGUACCGCAGCCGGCUUACCCUAUGAACCCCGAUGAACCGGCUAGAUUGCGGAUUCGGUCACAGUCGGGGAGUAUCUCCGUCUCUUUUACUGCACCAGCAGUUGCAUCUGUACCAGAGUUGGAAAGGCAGAUGGUUGAAUGUGCAGAAUAUGGAAACGGGAAAUAUCAAAACCCGCAUACUCUUCCCCUUCGUCCGUACGAGAUCGAAAUCGAGACGGAUAGUGGCACCAUCUCCGGACGCUUCAUCGUCUCUACAUCUGUGCACCUCUCCACCAAAAGCGGCAGUAUCAAUGCAAACCUCAUCCCGAUUGCGUCCGACCUAGAGCAAAGCGUGUCCAUCCUCACUCAGACAACAUCCGGAAGUCAACAGAUCCACCUUACAAAUCCCGUCUACCUGUACAGCUCCCAACGAGACGGAUCAAGGUCGAGUGCAACACGAGCGCCCGCAGCUCAUUUUAGUCAUGGUGGAGGCAGUAUGCAGAUUAGGUAUCCGUCUGAUUGGACCGGGAUUGUGCGUGCACCGCCAGGGUCUGGGAGUACUAGCCUGGUUGGACAGGGAAUGAAUGUUGUUCGGAGAGAAGAUGGGUCUGUGGAGGGGUGUAUAAACGGGAAUGGGAGAGGAGAUUGGUGGGGAGCAUCGGGUAUGGAUGUUUCUCUGGGGUCAAGGGGGGCUGCGAUGUUUCUUGUUGGGUGAGCUCAAAUGGCCUGUUUACUCCAGAAAAGAAUAAUUUGAACAGUAUAUAAUUCAUCAGGUCACUACAACAAGAAAUCUACACCAGCCAAAACAGACAAAAAUCUCACCCCCAAUAUUUUUCAGCCAUAUCCAGGAAUUCAUCUUCCGUG